UGCCUCUUGGGAUAUGUAGUUUCAGAGCUACCAGAACACCUAAAUGUUUGGCUCCUUUAGAACUACAUAUCCCGACGGCCUCCGACAAAUGAGCGGAAAUAGGUGACUAGUCCGGAUCAGGGUCCCCACAAGGCUCUUAGAAGUUUUAAUAUUCCUACCGGCAUUGUUUUGAGGCUGAGAUUUAAGUCGUUGAGUACUGGACUGGGGCCUGGCUCGUUCUUCCUCGUCGGAGCCGUGCAGGCGGUCACCUUCGUGACUGACCCGAGGCAGCUCGUGGUUCGUGCGGUCCCGGGACCAGCGAGCCAAGGGUUCCGAGGGACAGCAUGUUCAGCCGCCUUCCUCCUUGCGCGUCUCGAGUGCCGGCGGCGGGCGCCUUGCUCGGAGCUCUCGGGGCUCGGGCGUGCGGCUCCAGUGGGGCCGAGCGGCGGGGAUCGGCGCCCGACGACCCUGGGACUGGCCUGGCGCGCGGGGCUCUGAGGGAGUGGACGCUGCGGGUGAGCCCGUUCGGGCGGCUGAGGGCACGGCUCCCAUGUCACCUGGCCGUGAGGCCCCUGGAUCCGCUUGUGUACCCGGACGGCGACCGCGUACUGGUGGCGGUGUGCGGCGUGGGGCGCGGGGCGCGCGGCCUCGACAGCCUGCAGGUCAAGUAUGAUGCUGCUCGGCAAGAGAUGGCUAUUCUGUCGGACGACAUCGACCCGCGGGCGUCGGUAGAGGUGAACGCACCAGUCAAGUUCGAUUUGAACAUCGAGUCGUCAGGGUCUGGCUCUGUGAAAGUGCAGAAUAUUGAUUGUGAUAGCUGUAAAAUCGGCACUGAGCAGGGGACCAGCAUCCUGCAGUCUGUGAAGAGUCAAAAGUUACGUGUUCAAACCAAAGGAGGUGAUGUGAUCUGUCUUGGAACAGUUUAUGGAAAUGUAGAUAUUCAUGCAUCAGAUAAAAGUACCGUGACCAUAGAUAAACUUCAGGGAAGUUGUGUUAAUAUAUCUACGGAGAAUGGUUUGCUUCAAGCCAAGUAUCUUUAUACAGAGUCUUCAUUUCUGUCUUCUGCUGCUGGGGAUAUUGCAUUAGGAAAUGUUCAUGGAAAUAUCAUCUUACAAAGCAAGAUGGGUAACAUUACAGUGGAUUCGUCCUGUGGAAGUCUAAAAGCCUCCAGUCAUCAAGGUGCCAUAGAUGUGUAUGUCAGUCAGCUGGGGGAAGUGGUCCUGACGUCACAGGAAGGUUCUAUUGCUGUCAAGGCCCCGUCCUCACUACGAGCUUAUCUAAAAUUAUCGGGCAGAGAGGUAGUUGUGGAUGAAGAAGCUCAUGUCCAGGAAAUGGCCAAAGACUGUAAAGGUGAUGGUGUGACGGUUACAGCAGCGGCCUUGUGUCCUUGGCUUCACCCGCUGCAGGACAAGAGUAGACCAGCUUCUCACUCCAGAUAAAGCCACUAACUGAAGCAGUGAUUAGCUGCGCAUGAGGGAAGGGUCCAGCUCUUCAGGAGACUCUGUUGUUGAUGCUUUCUUACUGGUGCUAAAUGAUGUACCGCAACAAAAAGUUAAGGAUUUCCAUCCAGCCUUUCCUCCAUGUUUAUUUGAAAGUUCAGUUGUGACAUUUUUUUUAAGUGCAAACUGCAGUGGAUCUCAGGAGAAAGACUACACUAGUGCAUAAGAACUCACUGAGAUGAGAAGCAAAGGGUCCGCCCUAUGGCCACCGCACACAGUGCAGGGCUCAGGGUCAGGAGAGCAGUACAGAAACAACAGAACCCCAGAGUGAAGACCUAGAUCCAGAGUGAAGACCUGACCCAGAGUGGUGCCCUGGCACCAGGGUCAGUGGAGGCUACAGGGAGGAACUGUCCCAGAAGUGAACACUCAACAAGUAUUGAUGAGCUUGCUUGGGGGAAACUACCAGGAACAAUGUGGAAAAUGAUACAGCCUCAAUAUGAUUAUGUUGAAAAGAGGCAUGUUUGAAAGUACAACUCCAUCUGUGUGAAGUUUUAGGAAAUUCAGACAGUCCACUGUGACAAGGCACAUCACUAGUCCCUAGAUUGUGGGGUAAGGAGGGAUGACGGGCAGGGAAAGUGUGUUAGUCUUCUUUCUGUCACUGUAACAGACAUCUGAACUAGUCCACUUACAGUGAGAACACUGGGGAUCAUGGUUUAGGGAGCGCCAGUCUCCGAUGAGCCGGCCCCUUACCUUUGGGCCCUGUGCUGAAGCCACAGCAUAAGUGACAAAGUGACACUGCAGCUGUUCACCUCAGGGCUGCAAAGUGAGAGGAGGGUGCAGAGGGGCUGGGACCUCAUUGCACACCUCAAGGGUGCAUUUCCAGUAGCCGAAAGGCCUACCACUGAACCCACUUCUGAAAGUUAACACAGCAGGCGAUAGAGCCUUUAACACAUGGGUUGCUGGGGAUGGAGGGUGCAUGGAAGAUCACAGACCGAUGUGGGAGGAAGCAUGGGAUUGGCUGGUGUGCUCACUGUCUUGACUGGGGAGUAGGCUUCCCAGAUGUCUACACUUGUCACACUGACUGCUGUGUACCUCACAUACCACAAGUAGCUUAAUUAUGCAUCCGCAUAAUUCUCCUUUUUAAACUACUUUAAAAACAAUACAAAUAUCACAGUUUCAUCUCAAGCAAAAGAAGAGGAACAAAACUAUAUAACAUCUUUGCGGCUCUUCCGGCUUUGCGGCUCUUCCGGCUCAACGCUUUUUCACCAAGAUACUCUUUCUUAGGCAUCUCUGGCUUUUGGCAUACACUAACUAGUAAGAUCGGUGAGUUAAAUAUUGUUCUUGGCUGGUAAGCUGAACUUGGUGCAAUUUUGUAUUUCAGGACUCAUGAAUCAAGCAAGCAAACGUGAGAGGUGGAUAAAUGCCGUUGCCCCCAAAGGCACUGUAAGCUUUCAACACCAGAGCUGGUUUCAGUCCCUGAAGCUGCCGGACUGAGAGUGGUUUCAGGGGAUUUGAUUUUUGACAUGGACUAGCAGGCAGAUGCAGUGUUCAUAUAAACAUCAGAAACAGCAGCGUUGCCCGUGAGUGCUGGCGAAGGGUUUCAGGAGGCUUUUGCAAAAUGGGUACUUAAUUCCUCUAUUCAUUUUCUGUCAUUCUGUUCCAAAUUAUAGAAGUCCCCAAGGUA